CUUAGAAUCUGCAAGAUAUUAAUAGCCUAAAAAUGAAGACAAAGAGAAAAAAUAUCUUAAAUUGCAUGUUGUUGUUGUUGUUUUUUUAGUACUGCUCUGAAAAUGCCUGUUAGGCGUAUAAGCAGUUUGAAAGUAUACAUACCCUUGAGUUUCAUUAACUGAUUAUCCACGACUGUUUUUAUAUGUUUUAUGAUGUUUGUCCUGUGCAGUCCUAUUCUGCCCUCUGUUCAGAAGAAAAAUCUUAAUAUAUUGCCUUGAUGAAGGAGCUUUUAUUAAUUUCCUUUUCUUUUUCCCUCAUUGCAGCUCUAUAUCUGACAGCCCCCAGUUGCCUCUUUAAUUUCAGUCGUUAACAAUUAUGUUCUUUUACUUUAUGCUGCAGUAUAAAGGCUUUUCACCAAUCUCUUGAGCUUUCAAAAAUUUAGAAGCCUAUGAACUCGUGCUUGAAUUUUAAUUACAUCUCCCAAUUAUAUGCAAAAGUGGAAACUUCAUUAUUUGCGUUGAAACUUACUUCUCUCACAAAUAGGCAUGCAAAAAUACUAACUUGUGCCACAACAACCACACAUGGAUCUGUCCAUCUUCUAUUUUUGUUCAUUGGACAUGGCUGUAGUUGGCUUCGAAUUAUAUUUUCACACAUCAUAGAUUCUAUCUUUAUCAAUCAUUUGGAACAAAGAGCCCAGCCAGCCGUUGUUGUGUAAUUGUGUUCAAGGAUUGAUGGCCAUUAUCAAACUACACAAACAUGCAGAAUUCAUUAUAUGAUCUGUUUUCAUCUCUAUCCACCUGUAAAGUGAGCCAGGAGAGGAAAAUAAACCCCAGAGCAAACAGCAGGCAAUCAAAUCAUUCACCAGAAUUCUCAUAUAUUUUUUUAGCAGUGCAUCCCUGGCAAGACAAUUAAGUCAAUGAGGACAAUCAUGGGGAUGCGUAAAACCAUCCAUGUGACUUGGGGAUAAAAAUCAUGAUUGAAUUGAACAGUCAUGACAAGUGGGAUGCAGGAGAACUAUGUGACACCCUGUGGAUAUAGCGCUUACUGUAGUUAUCAAUGAUGACACAUCAAUUUUCCCAAUUUGUAAUACCACAAUGUGGAAAUUAAUUUUCCAUCCUGUAUCCCACAUUACCUUCAAAUCAUGCUAUGCAUCAAAGCCUCUGUUUAGGUGAUCUGUCUGUCUAUAACAGCUGAUUGAAGUGAUUGGUUCUUGGCUAUUGGAAAUCCUUAAGUGAACUUGAAUGUCUUGUUAAAUGUAUUGGCUUAGUUCCAAGUGUGUAGAACAAUGGAGGUUUAAAGGGCUCUUGUGAAAUAUAUUUAAAAAAUCUCAUCAUAGCAAGCUUGAAUGUACCUACACAAUUUCUCUGAAGUAAUUAUGUCUUGUGUCCUUACUAUUUUCUGUUUUCAAACACAAGAAAGCAUUCAUGUCAUGCACUGCACACAAACUGAGAAGAAGAACAUUGGACAGUCAGUGGAAGACAACAUUAUUGGUCUAAAUAAAUAUAUUGUGCAUAUAUAUCCCUCACAAUACUUAUACAUUUUGGUCUAAUUUCCCAUUUGCUUUACUUUUAUGUUGUUUGCUUUUAUAUAAAUAUAGGGCUUCAUAUUUCUAGAAACAGAGAGCUUAUUUUAAAUUGUUAAAGAUUUAUAACUGCACUCCUAUCAAAGACAGUAAAAAUGAAAAGUGGUUUCAGAAUGAAUUGGAGCUUUGUGCAGUCACUUGCUUUCAGCCUUGUCAUAACCAGUUGAAUUGUACUUGUGGGUCUGAAUUAUAUUAGUUCAUCUCCAGAUGUCAGUGUAUAGCCUUUGUGGACUCACUUGGACCGCAAACAGGUAAGUUCAUCGAAACUUCAGCUGGACUUCUGCACAUACACUUGACUAGAUCUUGUUUUGUCUCAGUAAUUGCCACCCAUAGGGUUCUGAAACUAUCACUACUGAAUAGUUGAAAGUGUCAGCUCCUUUUAUUUCUUCUGGUCCUAAGUAAGAUUCACAGGUGGAAUACAUGAUAGUUGUAAAAUAAGUAUAUUUAGCAAAUAAGUAUGUUAGUAUUUUGCUUUCCUUUAUCACAUACUGCACAAAUACAUAUCAUCUUUUUUGUUCUGCAAAGGUGUAUGAUGGUGUAUGGUGAGUAAAUCUUGACAGAAUUGUUCUUUUAGAGUACAAUAUUGCCUGCAUGCAAUUGUAUUUCUUUAUAAAUCCACCCAGUUAUCCAACAACUCUGUCUAGCAAUGAAUUAAUCCACUUAUAUUGCAACUGAAAUCUAUUUAAUGAAAAGCAAAGUCAAGUGAAUGAACUAUACCUGAUAAAAACCUUUAAUAUUGUAUUAUAGUGUCAUUGUACCUUGCAUCUUGGUUUGGUAGUUUGUCCUCUAAUGCAAUGCAUUUAAUACGCUUUUAAUUGUGGCCUAAGUGUCCAAAUAAAAGCAGCAUUGCAUGCCAGGCCAUAUAGUAAUAUUGUCUGCUGUCUAACACUACAGCUCAAUCAUUGUGCUGCCCAUUCUCCACUGUUGGCAGAUGUUGCAGAUGGCAGAUAAUCCAGAAUCUUGGGUCUGAUGCAAGCUGGAUUUAUCCAUGGCCAUGAUACCAACAUCUGUCGUGACUUCACAGUAAGCUAGCUGAACACGAGAGAGCAUAUGAGAGUGUGAAUACUCCUUCAUCAUCAAAGAAGAAAAGUGUUCCUUAACCUCAAGUAAAGCAGAGAAAACAUGGGAGAGACGGGGAGCAAGGUGGUCUUGAGGGAGACAUCUGUUGAUGGAGUCCAGCCCCAGCCGACGCCAGCACUUGCCAUAGACGGGUUAACCAAAACCAGCAAGAUGAAGGUGAAAUGGACCCAACUGGGCCUGGUGUUUUUCUUACUGCUGUCCAUCAUCAUGACUUCUUGCUUCAUUUGGCAGUACCAGCUGCCCAAGUUAGUGCUAGAAAGUACUGGGGAAAGAUCCAAAUCUGUGAGAAUGUGCCCUCGCUUCCCAGAGCCCUCACCUCUUGAACACCCCAUCCCCUCUUUGAAGGAAGCUCUUGAGAAGGUUGAUGCACUUCUGCGCAAUAACAUCAACCCCAUCAGUCUGCCCUCAUUGUCAGCUAUUGUUACUUACAAUGACACAGUACUGUGGACAGGGAACUUUGGCAAGAAAAAUGGAAGUGAUCCUAACUCUGCACCACCAAAUGAAUACACCAUUUACAGAAUUGCCAGUGUAUCCAAGAUCUUUCCCACCCUGAUGCUGUAUCGACUGUGGGAAGAUGGCAAAGUGGGCUCUCUGGAUGACCCACUGGAGAAGUAUGUGGACAACUUCACCAUUAAAAACCCCUUGGGCAAAAGCAGAGACUCUGAGCUGAAAUACGUCACUGAUGGGCUGAUCUUCCUUGACAGCGGUGAGGUUCAAAUCCGAUCGUCCUCUGUAACAUUAAGAAGAAUGGCCAGUCAGCUUUCUGGUCUACCCAGAAGACUCCGUGGAACUAACUUACUGUGGAAAGGGAAGACCAAGGCUGCAAUCAACCUUCUGCAAGAUGAUGUGCUCGUUGCUGAUCCAGGGACCAAAUGUCACUACAGCAAUUUGGCGUUCUCUUUGCUCGCCCAUGUCCUAUCUGAAAAAGUUGUGGGUAUCAAUUAUCAGCGAUGGAUCAUGGAUAACAUUUUGGGCAGGCUAGGAAUGGAGGACACAGGGUUUGACAUCAACCCUGGUAUCCAAAGUCAAAUGGCUGUAGGUGUGUACACCAGUGGCCAAACAGCGCCUCUUUAUGACUUAGGUUGGUACCGCCCCUCGGGCCAGAUGUAUUCAACAGCUGCUGACAUGGCUAAAUUAUCAAUGAUGUUACUGGGAGCCUAUCACCGCAAGCUAUUGGAGCCUGACACUUUAAAAACUAUGCUAACCCCUCUGUUCCGCUGCGACAAAGACUACUUCGCCAACCGCACCGGAACACCGUGGGAGGUGAACGAACAGAUGGGAUAUGAAGUGCUUCGCAAGGAUGGUGAUCUAGAUGGCUACUCCGCUACAUUCUCUCUGUUGCCUCGGCUUAAGCUAGGAUUGGUGGUGCUAAUGACAGGCACACGGCCACAGAACCAGGAUAUGGUUUCAAAGGCCUACUCGUUUAUCAUUCCUGCCAUGGAGCGGGCCUUCAGGGAGGCCAGCCGGUUUCUUAUUCCUCCUCCCAGUCCUGCACCCUACGUCGGCUUUUACACUUAUGGCAACAUCACGUUUUAUGAGAUUAAAGCAGGGCCAGAUGGUGUCUUGAUCAUGCAGCAGUUUGGACCUCAAAUAGAAGAUCUCAUCCCUGAACGGUACCGGACCAUAAAAUUGAAUUACCUAGUGGACCGAGUCUUUAGAGUUGUGUUUGAGAAAGAAUAUCCUUGUGUGCUGCGUGUCAACACCGCGUCCGUGUCCCUCGAAGCUCAAGAUGGGCAGCUGUUUAACUUUUAUGUCUUUGACAAGAAAGGCGUGUCUCCUGGAUUCGAUGCUCCAGGGCUCAACACAUAUAAUGUGAUUAGAAUAUCCCGCAGACCUACAUUCUCUAACUGAGGAUGAAAUGGUUACUGAAAACUGUGCUCUGAGACACUGGGGGUUUAUAUACAAGCGAUUGAAUCAAAUCAAAACAGUGGUUACUGCUGUCAUUGUUUUUCCUAUAAUAGCUUGUUUACCCUGUGAAAUUUCAGCAUAACCUAUUUUUGCACAUACGUUCAUAUCCUUGUAUAUAUAUAUACAUAUAUGUCCUUACUUUUUCAUAUCCUUCCUGUAAAAUAUAUAUAUAUAGAGAGAGAGAGAGAGAGAGAGAGAAUAUAUAGUUAAAUAUAUAUAUAAACUUGCCAUUGUUUAUAAAUACCUUUUUGUACAGUUAGCAUCAUACAUAAAUUAUUAAAGCUAUUUCCUCAUUAUUAAUGAUCCAUGUGUGUGGGGGGUUUUGUUUGUUUGUUUGUUUGUUUGUUUUCAAGCAAAAUAACAUUAUUUGAAUAAUGAGCUCUUAUGGAGUUUAUCUCACUGGGUUUAUUUGUCUCACUAAAUCACUGUCACAUUUUUCUUUUCUAUGCUAUUGCAACUGAAUAUGCAGAAAUAAAUCCAGUCAGUGCUCUAAUAGUCUUUUAUGCGAAAUAAGCCUUGUUUUAUGUCCUGUUCUAUGUAGGAAUAUUAAUUUGAUGAUUAUUUAAAAGUUGAAACUGUGAAACUGUUGUGUUGGAGUUUUCUGAAAAAGAUUUGAGAAUGACAAUCAUUUUGAUAAAUAGCAUUGAAAGGUCAUUAUGCAUUCUCUAUCUUUUAGAGAUUUGUACUUGCAU